GAGGCGGGGUUUGACAUCUCAGCUCUGAAAACAUCUCUAAUCCAGUAUUUCAGGUGCCGAAGUCGACGGAGCGACCAGUCAGUUCUCAACCCCACCACCGCUCGCAGCUGUGGCUUCUGCUUCACACCGGGAACAAUAUCGCAGCUGAACUGAGUGAGACGUGUCCGAAGUGGAAGUCACAUGAGAGUUUCAGCGCUGUAAAACAAUACUUGUUAUUUAUUUAUUUUUUUUACUCCCGGACUGGUGGAGUACUUUUCCAGCGUCUCUCUCCGCGCCUUGACACACAUUUAUUCAGAGUUCGUCGGUUUAUCAGCUUUUUAGCACUUUAACGGAUAUUGCCGCCUCUUAUUUGGACGAAACACUCUCGUAAAGAGUGGACAUGUUUUCAGCUUUACCUGGAUAAAACUUCUGCAGUAGACAAGUAACUUAAGCUGGAAGUGUACACCAUGAUGGCGAACUUGCUGAAAGCUUUACCGUCCCCUUUUGAAGGCUGUUUGAAGCCUGGUCCUGCUACUUUAAAGGAUGAUUGAGCUGUUUUUCUGCAUUCAGAAAGUGCAUCUUUUCAGAAGAAAAACACGACUCGCCACUAAAGCCUUGCCUAUACAAAGACGUGGAUUGUAACUUCUUUUUUUUUUUUUCCCUUUGUACGUUUAUUUUGGAUUUGACCCUUUUUCUGUUGUUUAAGAUUGUUAAAGCUGCAGAGAGAGUAAACAGAACUUGUGAGCUGCUGACAUCGAGUAGAAUCCUAUGUGUAGCCGGGCAGCUGCAGCAGCUUGUGGAAUAACCUAACCUUGGACUAUCGAGCCCAACCGGGAUCUGAUCCCAGCUACAACCUGCCUUAUCCUCCAUCUAAUUAACUGUCCCACCGGUCUGAAAGCAGACUCCACUAACCAAUGGCAUGGGCCAAGUUCUUCAGGAAGCAGGGGGGCAAUCUGGGGAAAUCCUACCAGCCAGGGAGCAUGAUGUCUCUGGCCCCGACCAAGGGACUGCUAAAUGAGCCGGGCCAGAACAGCUGCUUCCUCAACAGUGCUGUGCAGGUCCUGUGGCAUCUGGACAUCUUCAGACGCAGUUUGAGACAGCUGCCAGGGCAUUUCUGUCUGGGAGACUCAUGCAUUUUUUGUGCAUUAAAAGGCCUUUUCUCUCAGUUCCAGCAGAGUCGGGAGCGCGCCUUGCCUUCUGACAACCUGCGUCACGCCUUGGCAGAGACCUUUAAGGACGAGCAGCGCUUCCAGCUGGGCUUUAUGGAUGAUGCCGCAGAGUGCUUUGAAAACAUACUGGAGAGGAUCCACCUGCAUAUUGUGCCUGAGGAGACAGAUGCCUGCACCUCCAACUCUUGCAUCACGCAUCAGAAGUUUGCCAUGUCACUUUAUGAGCAGUCCGUGUGCCGUAGCUGUGGGGCGUCGUCGGACCCGCUGCCGUUUACAGAGCUGGUACAUUAUAUUUCCACCACCGCACUCUGUCAACAGACGCAUCAGCGUCGUGAUGAGUCUUUUGGGGAACUGUUACAAGCAGCAAGUACAAUUGGGGACCUUAGAAAUUGUCCAAGCAACUGUGGUCAGAAGAUCCGGAUCAGACAGGUCCUGAUGAACUGCCCAGAAAUAGUCACCAUCGGCUUUGUGUGGGACUCUGAACAAUCAGAUCUCACAGAGGAAGUCAUCCGCUCGCUGGGGCCUCAUCUCAGCCUCUCUGCGCUCUUCUACAGGGUGACGGACGAGCAUGCCAAAAAGGGAGAGCUGCUGCUUGUGGGGAUGAUCUGCUACUCCAGCCACCACUACUGUGCCUUCGCCUUCCACACCAAAUCCUCCAAAUGGGUUUUCUUUGAUGAUGCAACAGUGAAAGAGAUUGGUACUCGGUGGAAAGAUGUGGUCACUAAAUGUAUUAAAGGUCACUUCCAGCCUCUACUUCUCUUUUACUCCAACCCUGAUGGGAGUGCCAUCCACACAGAAGAUGCCUCGAGACUCAACAGCAGCCACUCGCACACCCACAAGACCAACGACAACAGCGAUGCGGCAGGUGUUGAGUCUCCAAUUUCAGCACCCAAGAAGAUUGAAUUGACCAAAGAGAAUCUGAAAGCUGUGCUGGACCACGACCCUCACAAGAAGAAAACCACUUCGACUCUCAGCAGGGGCAGCGGGCAGACCAGCGGUGGACGGGGACAAGUGAAACGUGAGACCAGUGAUCCUAAAGGACGCCUCCGGGAUUUGUCCAGAGAAGCUGCCCAUAGAGCUGCAGAUCUGAGAGGAAUGCAUCCAGUCAGGAGAGAUGCUGACAGAGGUGGUCAGCGGAGGCAGGAGCAUCGCCACAGAGAUCCGGCUCAUGACAGGACCUACUCCCGCUCCGUCUCCCCUCCAGAGAACGGCUUCAAGCAGUACCUGGAGACUCGACUGUACAAAAGCCAAGGGAAGGGACCCACCAGGACAGAGCGAGUGCCGCACCUUGGGGGCCGCUCCUCACAUGAUCCACCUCGCUCCUCUCACGACCCUCCACAUCCUUCUGACCCACCACGCUCACCUCGACUCUCUCAUGACCCACCACGGUCGCCGCGCUCCUCUCACGACCCGCCACGCUCCCACACCAGGCUUCAAGUGCCGCCCAGCACUGCCACUUUGAGGAGCGGGCAUCAGAGCCGGAGACCGGAGCACCUCACCAACGGAUACGACACGGACAGCAGCCAAGAUUCCCGGGACCGAAACGGGAGGAGCAACAACCCCUCCAGCAGAGCGUGGAGGCCCAUGCGGGAGGCACUAAAUGUGGACAGCGUUUUGAGCAGCGUUGCUGAUGGGAACGCGGGGAGAGAGGAGCAUCGGCUCCCCAGCCCACGGAGAAGAACAAACAGUCACUCGCCGUCGCGUGACCAUGAGCGGGACAGAGACCUCACGUGGGGGGCAUUGGAAGAACGCAAACCGAAGAGCCUGAUGACCAUUUACGAAGACGAACAGAGGAAUGAAACUGGGGGCAGCCGGAGCUCGCUGGACUCAGACAGCCGGGGUGGACAAAAUGACACAGACAGGUCCAAGGGCUCGGGUAACCUCAAAUUGCGCAACGACAACUGGAAGAUCCAGAGAACUGAAUCUGGAUAUGAGAGCAGUGACAGGCUGAGCAACGGCUCAGCAAACUUGGACUCCCCCAUUGUUGACGGUCUUUCCUCCAAGGACCUCCGGCCCAUGCCAGAGCUGCAUCUAAUGAGGGAUCACUUUCCUCCGAGAGGAGAUGAUGAUUUGAGGCCUGAUGUGUUGUACUCUGAUUUUAUUACGGAACAAGGAAGAAAAUCCCCUGAUCUACAAAAUGUCAGUGUCCUCACUGGUCGACCCAUCGAAAGAAAAAGAGCCUUCCGAUAUACGCCAGGAAUCCGAGAAAAGAACAAUGGCCUGGAUAGUGAGCAAGAGGAAAAUCCGGACGGCAGCCCUGCGAGCCCCGUCCCUCCGUACUCUCUGAAGACCAGCAGUUCUGAGUGGAACAGCUCGGAUGACCUCACCGGACCCCUCUCUGAGCAAGACGAGACUGGCCACACAAACUCUCUGCACAGCUAUCAUCCACCUCUAGCUCCCAAACCCAUCCUGUCUGGCAUCUACCCCCGCAACCAGCCCAAAGACAAUCUGUCUGUUUUCCGGCGAUGGAUCGAGACGCCAGUCGAGCACAGACUUUCCUCUGACGCCAGUUCCAAGUCGGGGUCUUCAGACCAGGAGAGGAAUGACCUGUCAGCCAGCGAGAGCGAGGACAGAUUACCCAGUCCAAAACCCAGACUGGAUGACGGUGCAGACUCCCUAUCCUCCUCUCUCACAGACAUGGUCCUCCCAACCACUUUCUUUUCUGUGGACAGCUGCAUGACAGAUACUUACCGGGCCAAAUACCACAAGAAACCGGGCUUGUACAGGAGAGCAGAGGACCACACCUCAUCGGGGGAGAGCGACGCAGAAGGAAGGGGUCACAAUACAACAGAAUCAGGCUUCUCUACAACUAAGACUACUGCAAAGUGGAACCCAGUUACUCCCAAAUUCCUGGAUGAACACGGUUUCCUAUGAUCGAACAACGAACUUGAAUGUUCCCGCAACCAGACGCUGAAUGGACUGACUGUUACACCAACUCUUUCUGUGGAAUGUGUCGUUCCUCUCAGUGCGCUUGAUGUAGAAAAACAGAAUGCCAAAGAAAUUGCAGAAAGGAAGGCGAUUGUCUUUAUUUUGUGAAUUUGCACAACAGAGCGCUGGAAAGGUACGAAACGUCCUGAGAACUUUGCUGUAUGUCUGGAGGAUUAGACCGAUGAAGAAUGUGUCAGAUUAAGUCAUUUUAACAAACAAGAGAUUAGAAAACAAAUCACUCUUAAGAUGUAUCAUGUUUCUCCUUGUUCUGUACAUUUUAUGGAAGCUUUUAUUUAACUACUCCCAUUGUAGCGUUCAUGAGGCGGUUGCCCCAGAUCUCCCCUUUUUCAGAUGUUCAGAGAGGUUCUCGUUUCUGUUUGAGAGAUAUUUGCAUGGUCGUUGUAGGGGAACAUGAAAAAAGACACUAUUUUACAGACGUCUGUGUCCUUAAGUAACUCGACCAUCUUGGAGGAGAGGAUUUAUGUUUGAAAAGAUCUUUCACUAAUACCAGAGAAGGUGAAAACAAAUUGGGAGGCGACUUGUGAUUAUGAUAAAUAGAAAAUUUGAAACGUGUACAGCACUUCCUGCUAUCUUGCUUAUUCUCAAAUGUGUAUUAACUUUUCUUAUGUUUUGUAUUUGUUUUCCAUUGUUCUUUAACACUCACUCUGUUUAUAUGCAUGGACAGUUUAACAGUCAAAGCUUAAUUUUUUUAAGGGAGGUUAAGGAUAAAGUGUUGCAACUGUCUUUCCUUUCUGUUUGG